CCUUUUGCGCUUUCUAAGGGCCUCCACUGCUACAAAUGAAACGAUUGUGCACGUUGCUAGGCUUUGCUACUUUAACCUCUUCACACGACACCCCAAAUGGAUGAAUCGUCCUAAAAAUAAGAAUAAAUAAUGACUUUUCAUCAGUGCUGCAGAAGUGCGUCUCAAGAGGCAGUUAUCGGGUGCGUACCACUUGGUCUACAGUGAAGCUGGAGGGAUGUCUGCUGUACAGAGCAACCAUGCACAGCGUGUCCUGUCCUUCUUGAACCAGCAGAGGGCAGUAGGAAAGUACUGUGAUGCAAUGCUGAAUGUGGGUGGUGGGCUGGUGUACUUUGCCCACCGUAACAUCCUUGCCUGUUUCAGUGAACUGUUCCAUGAUGCCAACAUGCCCGCUGCACAGUACAUGGAGGUCACCCUUCAGGACUGUCCCAGUGAUGGCCUGGAGCAGCUUCUGAACUUUGUCUACACUGGAGAACUGAAACUGGCUUCUGCCAACUUUGACAAGGUGCAGAAUGCUGCAACCAGCCUCUGUGUACCUGAAGUCCUUGCGCUUUGCCAGCAGUUCAAGAAACCCUCUGAGAAUCCUGUGCCUGUGAAGCGCAAAAGAGGCAGACCUAAAAAGUCCACAUCACUUACAACAGUACAAUGUCCCGACAAAGAGAAUCUGGUGACGGUUUCAAAGGAUGAAUCCACCCUUGAUGCUGCCUCGGCCAGUGUUGGCACAGCUGCUGCUACAACUACCACCCGCUCUGGUCGUGUAGUCAAGGGCCCCAGGCGACUGGUGACUGGAGAGAGCCCCAGCAUAGAUUUUCCAGUCACAGAAAAAGCCAAAAAGGAAGGUGUAGAAGGGGAGAAUCAAAACCCAGAUCAGCAAAGUGGCAGCAGUGAGAUACAUGACAUGAAUCCAAUUGACAAAGGUCUUAGUGACAUACAAGAGGAAGAUGACAACAAUUUUGAGAGUCUCACUGAAAACUCUGAUGAUGAUUAUGAUCCUGUCACUAAGCUCGGUUCCUCAGUCUCAUCAGCAGCACAGCGAAGCAAGGCCAAGCCCCAGAGUAAAAACGAAAACGGUGAAGCUGUAGAGGAAGAUGGCAAGAAAGGCCCGGUCCAGUGUUCAGUCUGUAACAAAACCUUCAAGAGUAAAUACUACCUUAAAGUCCAUAACAGGAGGCAUACAGGUGAGAAGCCCUUUGUGUGUCUUAAAUGUGGAAAAAGAUACUUCAGGAAGGAAAAUCUUGUGGAACAUGAGUUGAAAAGCUGUGCAAGAGUACAGCAGAAAAAUGAUGUGCACAUGGAUGACAGUGCUGUUAGCAAAGCACAAGAAGAUGAACCGGACUUUGAGAAUCUCAUUGAAAACUCUGAUGAGGAUUAUGAUCCCGUUACCCACACCGGUUCUUCAGGCCCAUCCUCAUCAGCAACACAGAAGAGCAAAGCCAAAGCACACAGUAAAGAAGACAAAGAUGAGAAUAGUGAGGCUGUGGUGGAGGAAGACAGCAAGAAAGGACCCGUCCAGUGUCCAAUCUGUAACAAAACCUUCAAGAGUAAAUACUACCUUAAAGUCCACAACAGGCGUCACACCGGAGAGAAGCCUUUUGUUUGUCUUAAAUGUGGAAAAAGAUACUUCAGGAAGGAGAAUCUUCUGGAACAUGAGUCUAAAAACUGCGCUAGAGUACAGCAGACGUACACAUGCCAGACGUGCUCUGCAACGUUUACUGGUAAAGAGGAGUUACGUGUGCACAUGAUCUCUCACACAGGAGAUAUGCCCCAUAAGUGUUCAUCGUGUUCUGAGCAGUUUAUUUACAAGAAAAACUUGACACUUCACAUGAUGAAGAUCCAUGGAUUUCCCAAACCACAUGCAUGUUCUCAGUGCCCCAAAACCUUCUUAACCCGGACAGAGCUGCGUAUACACGAAGCAGCCAAACAUCGAGGUGAAAAACCGUUUGUGUGUGAGGAAUGUGGCCAUCGAGCGUCCAGUCGAAACGGUCUGCAGAUGCAUAUCAAAGCCAUCCACAGAAACGAGCGGCCUUUUGUUUGUAACUUAUGUGGCCACGCGUUCACUCAGAAGAACAACCUGAAUAUGCAUAUGCUUGUACAUUCUGGUGAGAGGCCGUACCAGUGUCAUCUCUGUGGCAAAACCUUCAGGACCCAAGCCAGUCUAGACAAACACCACCGGACACACACUGGUGAGCGUCCUUUUGGCUGUGAGUUCUGUGAACAGCGCUUCACGGAGAAAGGCGCCCUUGUUCGCCACACAGCCAGCAAGCAUCAGGAAGGUCGCCCACAUUCUUGUCACAUAUGUGGGAAAACAUUCAAAGCUAGGGAGCAACUGCGUGUCCAUCUGCAUCGUCAUAAAGGCAUGAGGAAGUUUGAAUGUACUGACUGUGGCUACAAGUUCACUCGACAAGCACAUUUGCGGCGACACAUUCAAAUCCACAAACGCACUGAAAACUACAGUCCCAGACAAAGAAAACUAAGGAACGUGAUAGUGGAGGAGGUGGCUGGAGAUCCAGGCGACGACGAAUCUAUUAAAAUAGUGGAGGCUUCGCUGAUCAGUACCGAAACAGAUUAUGUCACUGAUACCUCUGUCAUCCAAGAUCCAACAAACUCAGAAAGUGUCUCUGUAACCAGCCUCCACCCCAGUGACAUAGUGAGGGUGGUGAUUGCAUCAAGUGACGUGAUGGAGGAAGAGGUGUCCAACAAAGACCUGGGACCUGUCGAAGCAGUGGAGGGUUUCUCAGUGUCGGAAGUGUUACAGCAAACACAGAUGGUCCCUGAGGCGUACAAGCCCACAAUGGAUAUGGAAGGAAUAGUUGAGAACAUGUCAGAAAAUAAGACCUGAGGCAUGACAGAUCCUUUCAUAAGCAAGAAACACUUAAAAUGUAAAUGAUGAAGAACAGAAGGACGGAUUUAGAGAUCCCAAGACAAAGACGGUGGCUCAAAGCCAUGUGCUGUACUGCUGAGAAGAAUAGUUUGUACGCUAUAAAAGAACUGCAUGCUUUUGAGGAUUGCCUGAAUGUGAAUUUUUCUUGGCUUGUUUUGCGAAGCCUCCUUUUAUCACUGUGCCUACUGCAGCCAGACCUUAGAAUAUCAAUAAUAAAUGGUGUUUUGUAACAAGU